CGGACUCAGCUGUUUCCCGCCACCAGAAAUCGGCUGAAAGUCGGCAAAGUGUGUUGUGCGGAUUUUUCGCUCUCGGUCUCUCACUAUCGGGUGAGUCGAAGCUACAACUGUUCUGCUGUGUUCCCCCUUUUCAUCAAGCAUUGUGGGUAGUUUUUUCUGUGCAUUCAUCUGAUUCGAUUGAAACGUCAGGAGGUAAAAAAAGAAGAGUGUGUUUGCCUGGAAAAACAACAUUGUCCGCACCGUGAAUAGUCUCGUGUGUGAUACUAGGAAUCGCUGGUGAUUAGUUCGAGAUUAGUAGUAGUAGGGGAACCGUGCGCGAGAUUGCAGCGGCAAAAUCGGAAGGAUACCCAGGCCGCGGGCCGGGUCAUCAUCGCCAGAACUGAAAUUCGGUCUCGUGGUCGCGCCGUGUCGUGCCGUGCCAGUAGAAGAACGCGUGUGUGUUUAUACAUAUACGGAUGUUACGUGCGCGCGACAUGCCACACGUCGUCAGUGGGGUUGCGGUGCGCGGGUGAACGUAUAGAGCAGCGGUGAGUGAGCAAGAAUAAAUAUUGUUUUGCGGUGCGACAACGACGAGACGGCCGCCCCGAUUGACGGUGGGUUCAAUUAUUGUUUUUUUUUUGGGUUGCGAACCACCACCCUCGUGCGGUUUCCUUUCCCAUAUCAACGCCAGUUUCUGGUAUCGGCAACAGUCCGUGUCAUCAAUCAGCUGCUGCUGCUGCUACAUUGUAGUAAAAUUAAGGUGCGCGGUGACGGUGUGAUCAAAGAAGGCGCAGUUCAGCAGUAAUCGCAACAACUGUUACUCAAUAUAUUCGGGGGAGUCUGAAAACAAUAACAGAAGGAGUAAGCGGAGUUAAAAGGCGCAAGUGUGAAAAAUAAAGUGCUGACCAAAGUGUACGAGCAACCGGUGUUGGAGAACCAGAAUAAUAUUUAUAAUUUUCUAGAGGAUGUCGGCUCCGAAGUAGGGCAAAGAAAAAGUUCGAAUUGAAGGCAAUCAAAAAGUGAUUCUGGGGAGUUAAGAAGAUAUCAAGUGAAUUGUUUCUGCUACUGCUGGAAUUAGCCACAGCAACGCACGCAGAGAGCAGUAAGCCGCAGAAAAGUGAUCCCCGUUCUACUAGUGUCAGCGGUGUGGUGUGGUGGUAUCACCGUGAUAUUUGGAAGAUUUCGGUGUACGGCGCUUUUGUGCGAGGGAGCAAUCAAAAUCUAUCCGGUUAAGCUCCAAUCCAACCUGAUUCAGCUACUAUUAACAACUACGACUUCCGGUAGUGUUUAUACAAGUGUACCUCCGGAUCUGAACGGGAGUGAGUGCGCGAUAGUAUCGUGGGUUCCACCAUCUGGAUUUUACUAUGUCCGUUGACGGUUGGUGUAAAAACAGCGAAGACAACAUGCAGGAUAUCAUCGUUGAGGACGAUGCUGUGAGGUUCUGUCGGGUCACUACCGAGGAAGGCGGAGGUGGUGACGGUACCAUCGGCAGUAACAACCCCACAGGUCACAGCAUCACGAUGGAUAAGGAUGAGAAAAGGAUGCGCCGGGAGAUUGCCAACAGCAACGAGAGAAGACGCAUGCAGAGCAUAAAUGCCGGCUUCCAGAGUCUUCGGCAGAUGCUGCCCCAUCACGAGGGCGAGAAGUUAAGCAAGGCUGCGAUCCUUCAACAAACAGCCGAGUACAUCUACGCUCUGGAGCAAGAGAAGACGCGUCUCCUGUCGCAAAACUGUCAGCUAAAGCGAUUGCUCGAUCAGCAAGACCACAAUGGAGCGGUUGCGGCUGCUGAACUCCAACAAGCGACAACCCAAACUGUUCCGGGAGCUACCACUGUACUGACAACAGCAACAGUACCGGCAGCAGCAGCAGCAGCAACAGCAACGGCAACGGUAGCCAAUACGACGGUUGCUCUUCCUCCUGCUCCUCCAGGAACAGUUGCGACGGGAGGAGGAACAAACCAGGGGCAAGUUCUGGUGGCCACGGUUGCCAAGAAACGUAAAAUUGACGCCAUCAUGACGGUUCAACCGGUGUCGGAUUCAUCCGAUGAAGGGUUGGGUUCCAUGUCACCGGAACCGGUUAGUCUCAUGCAGGUCGUGAACAAUGCUACCGGACAAACCCUCGUUGCAACCACGGUAAACGGCCGGGCUUGUGGCACUUUCAACGUCUCAGCCAAGGAUUAUUUGGACAUGAAGCACCAGCUGGAAAUCGAGCGACGGCAGAAGGCUGUUUUUGAAGAUAGGUUGAAGGCCUUGGAACGGCAGAUCUACCCGGCCCGGGUACUAUACCAGGACCAUCCGGAUAUGUCUGACGCGAGAGAAACUUACGAGGAAAUUACUGUGUCCACCAUCCAAAAGCCAAUGACUGGAAAAGUUGGUAAGGAAAUUGAAAACGUCCAAUUGAUCGAAUUGGAUGCUGUGGUGCUAGGCAAGAAGCAGCUGGUUGUCUGCACUCCGGAAAUCAUCGAAGAAAUGAUGCCGAACCCCAUUCAAAAGUCAACGAUCGUUCCAAUAAAAGAAGAAAAGGUGUUCAUCAAACGAUCACGGUCACGAUCACCAACAAUUGAAACAGUUGUAACGCUCCCUCCGAAAAAGAAUCGCUACCCAACCAUCCUUGAGGCAGCAAUCAAAGCCGAACCGAAGGUAGAAGUUGAACGCAUAGAUUCGCCCUCAUCCAUCGUUGUCAGCGAUGAUCAUCUGUCCCAUCUAUCGAGCAGUAAGCUGGUAACCUCACAGCAGCAACAGGCAGCAUCACGCAUCAACACCUGUCGUCACAAUCUGGAAACGAUAGUCGAAGCUAUCAGGCAUCUCGAGGGAGAUGCAUUUGAUGCCGUCGUUCCCGGUGGUCAUCAACAGCAAAGUCAAGCUUCAACUGCCCAUCCCCGUCAAGUGCAGGAAGUUCCUCUUGCUCUCACAACCUCUAGCAAACAUCAGCAGAAGGAACGCGAUCAGCGCCAAAGCCAACUGGAGCCCUACCUGAAGUUCCGAACGGCACCCCCGGUUGGUACCUGUUCCCCGUCAGUCACCUCCAUUACCUCCUCCUCCGCAGCUGCUGCUACUGCUGCUUCAUCAUCUUCGAACAGUGCGAACAAUGCCAGCACUAUCAGCAAUCCUGCGAUCGUUUCCGUUUCAAUCACCCCAACAAUCAGUUGCAGUUCAUCCCCUUCAUCCGCAUCUGCUCAACAGACCGCAUCCCAAAUCCUCCAGCAGCAUCAACAAAGUCGACCGGGUGUGAUCGUGGUUAAGCAGAACUCAUGAUCAGUAUCCAGCAACAAUGCUUCAUCUUCUUCUUCAGCAGCAGCAGCAGCAUCAUCAACAUUAUCGUCUUCGUCGUCGUCAUCAUCGUCAGUGGUAGCCGUGUCUGGAACGUCGUCAGCUGCUGUCGGUGCGAUUGUAAUCAACAACGGCAAGCAAGUUAAGAUCGUCAACUGUAAGAGCGGCACAACUAGCGGCUGCAGCAGCCCCAACACCAACACCAACGCCAUUGUCGGAGGAGGAGGAGGAGGCGGUGGUACCUCAAACGUGAUCAUUAAAUACCACCAUCAUCAACAGAAUCAAUCGACGAACCACGAGGAUAAGCAACAACUAGGCAGAUAAGACUCGCGCUCAAGGGACGCAAACAAAGGAAAAGGAACCAUUUUUGUUGAUUAUUUUUUAUACAUAUUUUUUCGCUUCUGCAACGUUUAUAUUCGAGCCCAGUUUUCCUUCGUUACCCCCAGAACCCCAGUUCCUGACAGGUUGCCCAUUCUUCCGGUAUUUUGCGUAUACUAAGAUGUGAUUUUUAUAGCAAUCUAUAUUUUCAUAUUUCUCCCCUAGUUGUAGAAGACAGUUUUUAAGUUUUUUUUUUAGACAAACAAAAGGAAAGCUAGGAUGACCAUAACCAGAAUUGAUAGUUCCGAUAACAGACAACCAGAACACACAAUGUUUGAUUUAAACGCUGAGUGAAUGACGAAAAGAGAGGAUUAUUCAUAGUACCUAAGCAUCCUUAACCCGCGUUGACCAACCCGUUGAUUUUUUUUAUCCGUGUUGUGCAUCCUUGAAAUGCAUACAUACAAGAAACAGAACUAAAGGAAAUAAAAUCGGAUGACAAAAGCUGCAACAACGUAGUGUUAGCAAUGCAGGAUUGUAUCGUAAUUCGAUGGGCUACUGACAGUUACACUAAACACUGGGGGUCCGAAUCCCUUACCCGACUUUGCUAUGCUCCAUGAUGGAACAAUUGUCUGUUUCUGAUAUUUCUACUCUAAUACCUACACAACAAACGUUCUGGGAGUGCAUCCAAAUUGCUUUCAGAUAGGUAUAUUAUUGGACCAAACACGAUAUUUUCUUCACUCAGCUUAUAUAUGCAUGAACCUGUUCAUUGUCUAUAGUCCACCAGAUAAGUUGAAAUAUCGUUGACAACGAUAUUCACCGGAAACUGAGGAAGAAAACAUCGUGUUGCUGCGUCUCGUGUCUGAUAGGUCGUCCGUCAGAGCGAAAUAUGGGUCGAUUAAGAGAUGGAGAAACAGAACGAGAUAAAGGUGUCAAGCGCCGGGAAAUACUAAUUAAGAUAAAACUAUAGGUUAGGGUAGGGAUAGGUUCGUUGAAUGCUAAAUUGAAAUAUUGAUACAGUCACAUAAACAUAACUAAUAGAUAAUGCCACUGAUAACGCAUAGCAGGGUCUGGAAAGGGAGCGGAUGAGGAUACCCCGAUUUUCGCGAAUUUAAGUUUUUUGGGGUGUGCCUCAACACAAAAUUCUGUGGACUAUCGCGGAGCAGUAUGAGCUGGUAUCAAUUGAAUGUUAUUUGCGAAAAGAAUUCCGGUGAGCAUGGUCGAGAGUUAGGAUUCGAAAUAUUUUGGCUGGUAAUAAUUAUAGUUUCUUCCGAUUUGUUGAAAUUCACAAGUUUGAAAAUCGUGUUUCAUUACGACAUGAAAAUCAAUAGUUUAUUUAAUAACCAUAGAAUACAAUGUUAUUUGAGGACUACGUUCGAUGUAAGUCAUUUAUAUUUCUUGAAAAAUUGCCAAACAUUUCUCUUGGUGCUAUUCAUGAGAUUCUUCACAAUAUUAGUGGUUACGUUUUGGAUGGAAUAGACUGCUCUCCUAACGUUACUCAAAUACCGUUUAAUUAUUGCUCAGUACCUUUGAAUGAGGUGCAGCUCGGGGCAGUAGAGAGGAUUAUGUCAUUUUUUCGACAAAAUCAACGUUUUCGGAGCUAGUAAUCUUUACCAUUGACUAUUGUGAAAAACAAUGCCCUUUUGAUACCACAUGAACGGAUCGCUUGCCACACCGAAUUUUUCUAUCGGGGAUAGCUACUUAAAUCGAUGCAUUUUUUCAACUUCUAUCCUGAAUAUAUUCGGGUUGCCCUGUAUCGUUGUUUUAAGAAGUACGUUUCGGAUUCAGUAUAGUCCUGUGGCCAUCUUCACACUCCUGACUUUCGCUAUCUCGAUCUGUUCUUUGUUAGCUAUUGGCUUCUUCUUCAUAAUCAUCCUCCUUAGUGUACAGUGGAAGCGACCAAAUCGCAAGCUCAUGCUACGAUAAAAGUCAACCUUCAUUUGCUCUAAGCUGGCAAGCAUCUUUUAAGUCGCACAGCUGGGGCCUUUAUCUUCGCCAUGGCGACUGUGUAGUGUAGGCGUUUCCCUUGGAUUCGCGUUGGCUUUGUGGUAAAGCUCCUCAAUGCAGGUUUUCUUGCAUAGCUUGAUUGUUUUGUUGAGAGCGGUUGUUGCAGCUCGUUCCCCUCGUUCGGUGACUCUCUAACUGCUUCUCUAAGUUUGGAGGCAACUUAUACGUAGAUCGGCAAUCGUCGUAUUGCACCGGGAGCCCUUUUUUCAGUUUCGGUCGAAUCGCAAACUCUUGUUAGUACUGAGCAGUAAAGUUGAAGAAGAUGCUCUCAAAUUUAUGUUCUUUGACGAACACGUCCUUGUGAAAGAGCGCCGUUUUACAUCUUCAAUCGUUCCUCGCACGUGAGCGUUGUUAUCAAUGUUGUUCCGAAUAAUUUGAUGGUUGCUGUGGGUAUCUCGCGUCGUUUUCUUGGUUUCUAUCUCCUCCCGCCUCGCAACCUGCCAAGCGGCCGCAUCGGGGCUUUCAAUAGCUGCGGAGUAGCUUUGGGGUUCUUCGCUUGCAUGCUUCCUCACGCCAGUGACAUGACGAUAUCGUACAGGGGGAAUAUCUUUCGUUUGACGUGUCGAUUUUCUCGGUUCGGUCGACUCAAUAUCACCUUCGCCGAGGAGGGGUGGCUCAUUGUCUCUAAAACCUUCAAACUCAUCAUUCACGUUCUCGACGGCUGAAUCAUGAUCUUUGGCAUCCUCCGCUUCCGGUUAAGCAUAUGGUAAGGUUGGAUUGCUUUUGAAACCAAUAUCGAACGGAAUUUCCUCACCUCUCUUACCAUCGGUGGGCUCCUCCGUUGAAUCGCUUGUCGUAUCAUUUUCGACGAACUUGGCCUCUCAGUUCACGUAGACUUUUCGGACCCUAUUCUCACAGCCCCGUGACUUAGUGACUAGAGGGAAAUUUUCUUCUAGUCACUAGGUGACGUGACUGUAAGAAUAGGACAUAUGGACUUGUCCAGGAAGCGAUAAGCUUUAUGCUCCGAUGAAACCACAAAUGCCAACUUUUAUGCUGUGGCUUCCAGUUUCUUCCUCUUUAGGUGAUCGACCUUACCCAGUAAACUAAAAGGCGGCUAGGCGGGUUAAACUAGAUGCUGGCGAUCGGUAGGCUAUUGAAACUUUGUUCUAGGCUAUCCGCCGUAACUUUCCCUUUACUGUAUAAGUGGUGAGGGCAGGAUGAACGCUAGUCCUAAACUCGAACGGCGUAACAUCGACGGGUUUCGUUGGCAACACGUUCUGGAGGUAUGCUGCCGUGUUUAGAGUUUCUGUCCAAUAACGUUGAUCUGGCUGUGCAUCAAAAGCAUUCUACGCUCCAUUUCCACAAGGUAACGAUUUUUUUUGAUCCGCGAUGCCGUUUUGCUCAGGGCUGUAUUCCACGGUACAUUGAGCUGAAACCCCCUCUCGCUUAUAGAACAUACGCAGUUGCUUUCCGCUAUAUGCACCGCCCUGAUCAGAGCGGAUUUUCUUUGGUUUCGCCCAAAGAGUUUUGACGUACUGACCAUACUCUUCGAUCUUCGCGGCAACUUCCGACUUCUCUGUCAAGAGCUAUAUCACCAGCUAUGAUCAUAGUCAUAAAGUAUCGGUAACCACUAACCGACGACACUUCUACCGUAUGAUGUUUAAUCUGGUACAAACCCCCUCUUUUAAACGCGCCACAGCAAUGGUAGUGUUUCCACGAAGAAUCCUACAACCGGAUGUGUCAAAAACAGCUGUAGCUUGUUCCUGGACUAGUGCCGGUACAGACAACAGAUUCGCCAAACUAAUGUUCAUUUCAUGACGAUGUCCUUCUUCAUCAACGCACUCGACGACACAGGAACCUUCUCCGCAAACAUUCGCUUGUUUACCGUCCAGUAAGUUAACAAAAAUUUUACUUUCGCGCAGCUCUCGGAAAUGUCUUUUGCUGAUUUCGUUUUUAGAUUCUAAAACCGAAAACAGCAUUUGAUCUGUCACUGUGUGCCUAGUAGCACCGGAAUCGACGACCCACGGCUUUGCUGUGCCGCCAUUCAUUACUCCUCCUGUAGCGACUGCGAAUGAAACUGUCUCCUUCUUGUUUGUAGUUUUUUCGAGAUUUUGUUUCCUUCUCCGAAUAGCGGAUCAUCUUACAACUUGCUUUUGCUUUUUGUUGUUUUUGUCGCUGCCGACCAGGGUGGCCAGAACGAAUUCCAUAAUAUCGGUAAGGUCACUAAAAGUUUAUCGGUAGUUAUCGGUAGGCAGGGUUGUUGUCCCAAAAACGUAGUGUUGACAUAGAAUUGUAAAAUAAAAUAAAAAUGCAGAUCUCAGACUAAAUCCAACUCAAAAAUGAAUGUUGAGUAGGAUGUGUCCAAAAUCAAUAAAAAUCGGUAGUUUUCGGUAGGAAUAAGAAAAUAUCGGUAGUUUUCCCUUGCUCUUCUGUGAAUCGGUAGGGAAGACCAAAAUCAGCUUUCUUUUGACGAGCUCCAUUGUGAGGUCGUCAUCCGAUCGGCUUCCGAGUGCCGUAGUAAGGGUAUCGUACGAGCCGGGGGGACUUUUUAAAAUCAUCGCGACAGUAAGAUUCUUCUUGAGCUCCUGACUGGCGUUGAUCAAACGAGACCAACAGCUCCUCCUUCUCAAAUAGAUUUUCCGCCACAUCGUUGCCGUCUCCGAAACGUUUAUCGCAAAUCGGUUUUUGGCCAUGACACUUUCGACAUGAGGCUCGUCUUUUGGUGAUAAUUUUGCAGCGCUGUCCAGGCUUCUUUGGCCGAUCGUGAUGUACGAAUUAGUCCGUGCUGAUUGUCUUCGAUCAAUAAUCUGAUCGUGGCCCUUGCGCCAGAGCUCCUCACGAACGAGCAACAAUUCGACCGUAAAGCGCCAGGUCAACUUCUGCAGGGAACAAUGAUUUGGCACGCGUCAAAUGAAAAUAACGCCUACACUACGAUUUCGAGACGAAUGUAUCACGAUAUAAAAAAAUUUCGUUUUUUCUUUGCUGGACUCAUAGCCAGACGCAGAUUAGUGAUUAGGGCAGAAUAAAGAGAAUACGUGCUUCUUGUUGAAGUGAUGAAAACGCAAUUUUCCAUGCAAGAUGACGUCAUCUGAGUAAAAUGCUCGAAAAAAUGACAGUUCAUCGAGCUUGUUUACAUGGUGUUAGAAUUAAAAUCAAUUCGAACUAAGUUUUUUGUACUGGGUGAAAUCCAAAAUUUUGUUAGUCCAUGUAAACAAGAUCUCUGAACUGUUAGAAAUGUGAGGUUACACAUUUUCCUGCAAUGUGCUAUAGCGGUACUUUCCGAGCCCCAGCUCAACUGAAAUGACAUUUGGGGCGCUCUUUGUUUACUUGGCUGAGCAGCUGUUCACAGGUUUUCUAAGGGACAGCUGAUCAGCCAAGUAAACAAAGAGCGCACCAAAUAUCAUUCCGGUCAAGCAGCGGCUCGGAAAGUACCGCUAUAUAACACAGCAUAUUUUGUUUGGUGGAGUUUAUUAAUUUUAGUUACAUUAAAUCAAAUGUUAAAACGUGUAGCUCUUAGUAUGCGAAAAUCUUAAUUAAUUCUGUAGCAAUGGUCUCUACUGAUGAUCAGAUUUGGAAAGUUCUAAGGCCGAUGACAUGCUUACGCGAUUUGCGAAGCGGUAGCGGUAAGCGAAGCGAAUGCGUUUGACCUAUCUCUUUGGUGUGUGCAUGUAGAACGCGUAAUACUGUCAUAGUAAAAGCGGGGCGAACGCGGAAACACCAUGUAAAGUGAUCAGACGCGUCCGCAAACGCUUCGCUUUUCGCUUCAGCUUGUCAUCGGCCUAACAGCGAGCUGCAUGGAAAAUACACGUUUAUCAGUGGGAAAAGUUUCGUCCUGAUACGAUCAGUCAAAACUUGUGCUAGAUGGAAGACGAGAAAAAAAGGAUGGGUGGGUAAUGCCAGCGAAAUAACCGCAAUGAAGUAGAAUACAUUUGUCUUUUCCUACUAACUUCUGCCGUAAAUUAUCAUCGGAAAGUUUAAGUAAGUUGAUGGGAUUUUUUUUUAGAUUUGGUAAACCAAAUUAUCAAUCUUUGUUCAUCGAAUUCGAAAAAAGACAUGCAGUGUUUUGGAAUGUGCAAGUACUUCAAAACAAAAAUUUUCUCCAAAGUGAUAUUUGCAAGAACUGUUAUUACUUUAAUAGUAAAUUAUUUACUACAAAAAAUGUAGAACUAAAUCUUUCCUGUACGGGUUCUUCGGUCAUUAUCGAGUUCAGAAAUUAUUUUCCCCAGUCAAUCGAAUUUGAGUGUAGUGUGCUGAAUACUCUUUAUGCGAAACAUAAAAUAAUACAUCAAAGCGCUUUCCUGGGGAUGUGAUGGUUUCCAUUCCUAUUCCAUCUUGAAACUCCUAUAAAAAAAAUUCGAGCUGUUGUAUAUGCCCCCCCCGCUUUUAAGUAAGCACAAACAAAGUGCGCCCAUGCUUUAGAAAUACUUACAGAAGGCCUUUUUCGCUCCAACUAACCAAUCACUAGUUAGUCGUGCCCGUCGUCUGUUGCUCGGUGCGCCAAAUUCCCUGUAGCCUACAGGCAAUCUAGGUGGUUGCAGUCGAGACUGCGUUUCACUUCUCCACCGAUUGUCACAUCCGUUGAAUAAGGGUAUCAGGGGUUGUGUCCCAGCCGCAGACGUCGAGCAUUGCUCUUCUUUCGACUUUGAAACGAGGACAUACGAACAGUAUGUGUUCGGCAGUUUUGUCUGCACCUGGGCAGUCAGGGCAGGCGGGGACCUCCGCGACUGUCGGAAGCAGCCAUGGCCUGACAGGAAUUGUGUCAGAUGGAAGUGAACUUCCCCAUGGGGUCUGCCCACCAAGCUCGAUAUGCUAGGUAUCAGCCGAUGGGUCCACCUACCUUUCGUGGAGUUAUCCCACUCACGCUGUCAUCUGGCGACCGAGGCCACCCUGGUGCGCUCGCGGGCUCCUCUAGUUCCACGUAGCUCGAAGCACUCCUCGUCUUCCCGGAACGCCCGGAGCCCGACUGGCAUCAUGCUCGCUAUAACGCAGGAUGCAUCGUGUGAUACCGUGCGGUAAGCAGAUAUCACUCUGAGGCACAUGACGCGGUAGGUGCUGUCCACUUUCCGUAGGUGACUGGUUACCCUCAGUGCUCUUGACCAUGACGGGCCGCCAUACCUGAGGAUAGAUACGGCAGCGCCUGCCAGUAGCCUACGUCUACUGGCGCACAGCUUUGAGCUGUUGGACAUCAUCCUCGAUAGUGCCGCAACAGCAGUCGACGCUCUCUUGCAUGUAUAGUCGACGUGGCUGCCGAAGGUCAGCUUGUCGUCUAUAAUGACUCCGAGACACUUCAGACUCCGCUGUGAGGUGAUCACGACUUCUCCCAAAUGGAUAACUGCAUGUUGUGCCGACUUGCGGUUGUUGACGAUAACUACCUCCGUCUUAUGCUGAGCGAGCUCCAGGCCUCUCGCGCUCAUCCAUUCCUCCACCGUGUUGAUCGCGUGUUCUGCAGUUAGUUAUACCUCAGGGAUUGACUCCCCAUAGACCUCCAAGGUUACGUCAUCGACAAAGCCGACAAUUUUGCCCCCAGGAGGGAACUUCAGUCUCAGAGCCCCGUCAUACAUGAGGUUUCAUAGCACCGGGCCUAGGAUCGAACCCUACGGGACUCCGGCGGUAAUAGGAACCCUUUUCUGAUCGGCAUCGGUCUCGUAUAGCAGUACGCGGUUCUGGAAGUAGCUUUCCAGGAUCCGGUACAGACCCACCGGUAGGCUAAGCCGGUGUAACGAGAUGGCAUCACAGCACAUGAAUGCGUUCUUCACGUCAAGUGUCACUAACGCACAGUAUCGAAUGCCUCGCCUUUUAGUCAUCGAGUGUACACGACUCGAACCAUACCAUAGCAUUACUAUACUCGUUCGUUUUCACUAUACUCGCGCGCAAUAAGCUUUGCCCACAGCAAAGUAACGAAUACAAAUUCGAACAUGGUUAACGGUGUUCAACCGCUUAUUGUGCCGUCCGGACGUUAUAGCCGUGAUGCUGCUCGUUUGGCAGGCGAGCAACGAAUAAUACAAACGGACACGCGGCACUUCUAUUUAUAAAUUCACGUAUUCGAUUGAGUCUCUCAGAUGACAUCCCCCCAUAUUGACGACUCUAGCUAAGCAACGCACAAUCUGCGUUUGAUGGGCAAUGCUCAGUAAACUGAUGAAUUUUUCUACUGGAUUAUACCUUAUUCGUGCAGUUCAUUUGACGACAAAGAAGCCCUGCUAACAACGCUAGCUCGCUCGGUCGAAUAGUACUUAAUUACUUCUUUCACAAAAUCCAUUAUUUUCGUUAUUUGCACUAACUGUUCAUUCUACAGAAUUAGUUGAAACGGGACACCAGUAUUGAAAUGUUAGAAGUAUUCUACUUCCAAAAUUGAUCCUGCACACACCCAUGUAGAAAACUCAUGUCUGCAUGCUCCCGGAGAAAAGUUUUAUCUGGCUACAGUACAAGGUGCCCAGCAAAUUCUAGAUUGUUUACGACGAUAAAUUUGCCCAGAAAUUCAACUAGCAAUUAGGAAAGCUCAAAAAAUUAGCGGACUCAAAACUGCCCGCAAAUCUGCCAAAUUCAAAAGUAUUGGGCAAUUAUCAAGCGGAAGGUAAAGAAAACUGGAAAGACAACUCAGGACGCUGCACAAGUAGCUCGAUGUUGGAACAAAAUGCGCCUAAGGUUGACAGGUCAUUGUCGGAUUUUUCGAAGUGAGUGUGUAGGAAUAAUUUUGUUUUUCGUCUUCCAUCUUGAAAAACUUUUCAAAGACUGCACCUAUCGAGUCGAAACUUUCACAACUGAAUCAAGUGCAUUUGAUCCAGAUAAUUCGCUAUCACAACAUUCCGAAUCACCCCGUGUUGCAUUCUUUCGGAAUUGACUUGAUUUGUUUUGAAAUAUGUCUAACGCUGAUUUCCUUUUUAGGUACUGUCACUUUAGUAUAAAUUUUGUAAACAUUCGAGUGAACAGAGGGCGACUCGAUUCUAAAACCGAAAACAGUGUAAGUUCGAGAUUAAAAUUAAGGACAUUUGGGGUAAAAUAAAGAACGCUUCCUAAGCUCGUCAAAAUUAAGGUCAUGUCCUUUGAAAUAAAAGGACGAUUGGUAAACCUAGUGGAGGAGUAAUAAUAUACAUUGAGUCAAAUCAUGGAGGAUUGGUAAGGGUGCUACAUGGUUUGCUCCAAAGUUUAAAAAAUUCAUGUGCACAUGACAGCUUCGAGCGAAUCGAGAGCAGCGACUAUGAUGUAAAAUUAAAUCGGCAUUAGGUACGACAUAACUAUAACGAGAUCUCAGAUAACACAAAAAUGAAAUUUGGCGGAAACGAUGGGAGAUUAAGGGGCCAACUUUGUAUGAAACUCAAAAAAUCGGAAAAAAAUAUUGAAUAUUCUGAAAGUACAUGCUUUUGAAAGUAUCUGUGCGAAAUUUCAUCCACCAAAUUUCAAAUUACAGCCAUUUACAGCGAGCUGGUUCUUCCACGAAAAAAAGUUUCUGUCACACAAAACUUUAAACUCAUUUAUCGCGGAAUGAAUUUUUUUUUUGAAAAGUACCUUUGCGGUGAAAAAUUAUUCAUCCGAUCUUCAUAUUUUUUUUUUUGAAUUGUUUGUAUUUACAUUUUCGUGUACUUGAACGGUUACUUUUUCAUAAAAAAAAUUCGAUUCUUCGCAAUGAAUUUUUGUUUAAAAUUUGGAACUCCAAAAAACUUAACACUUUAACAAAAGCACUGUUUUGAGCGACUUAGUAAAAGUAACGGUAAAAGUGUUUAACAAAAAACUUAAUUUUUUGGUCAACAUGUUUUUUUUGCAAGAAAAUAAUUUUCUAUUGGGAACCGAUUUGUUUAAGUACAUCACAAUACAUUUUUUUUCAAUAAUCUUUUUAGUUUUUGGAUUUCAGUUGAGCGGUUCGGCUUGGAGAGCGUUCAUCGCAAACCUCUGCCAAAAACACGCUUCGGGGAUGGGCCAUAACUCCGACAACCUUGAAUUUUUUUAAUUCAACUUGGUUUUUCUAUAUUCGAUAGUACUACCAAUGAACUGUCUUUCGCUUUUUCAAAUAAAAUUUGUAUGACGCACUUUAAAAAAUCACGAACUUAGCUCACUUUUUCGCCACAACUUUGUAUAUAACCCCUUAAAUAUAAAAGUAUAACAAGAAUGACAAGACUAGGUACGAUAAUUUAGUAUCAACAAAAAUUAAUUUAUUUUAUGCGGAUUUCACUUUUAGAUUUAAGUCGCUCUAGCCCAAGCAACAAUUCACGCGUUUUUUUAAAGGGCCAAUAAGCAUACUGUCAAAAUUCACUUUGGGAGGAAAUUCUAGAAAAACGAAUUAUCGCCGAUUAUAAAUCACAGCAGGAAACGAAAGAGAAAACUUCUCUUUCAUAAAACGUUAACAUCCAGUCUCGACGAGUUACGGUUUGUCUGGAAUUUUCUCUCAAAGUGAAUUUUGACAGUAUGCUUAUUGGCCGUUUACAAAAAAACACGCGAUAAUUGAAGUUUUAUAGCACGCUAGAAGUGCAAUUCUCGACAAACAUACCCAGUCAAAAAGGGCAAGUUGCUGGCUAACGGGGGGCUAUUUGUCAACUCGGAUUCGCUAAUUGCCCUUCAAUUUGCCAGCAAAUUGCUGGCAAUUAGGGGGCUAUUUCAAAUGCAAUGCAACAUUUGGGCGAUUUGCCGCCGUCAUUUUUUAGCCGCUCUACCCGCCCUUUAAUCGCCCCUAAAUCGCCCAGGGAACGCGCCAUUUAAUCGCCCUUAAUUGCCUAAUAUGAAAAUUAUAAAUAAUACUUAUUUUCGGAUUCAUUAUCUACUCACAUAAACUUAUCACUACACUAGGUAAUCACCACCAAACUAUAGGAAGGAUCAAUGGUGAAAUUGGCAUUGCACACCAAAACUUACCACAAUCUGACUUUUAUUAAGAGUUUAGGUCAGAGAUCUUGUUCCACUAUAUUUACACACGAUUCCACAAUUUCCCACAUUCGUUGGCUAAAUGAAGUGCACUAGACAAACAAAAUACAAGCGAGAACACGCCAAUUCACGCGUGUUUUUUUGUAAACGGCCAAUAAGCAUGCUGUCAAAAUUCACUUUGAGAGAAAAUUGCGGCCAAACCGUAACUCUCCGAGAACGGAUGUUAAUAUUGUAUGGAAGAAAAAAGUUUUCUCUUUCGUCUACUGCUAAGAUUUAUAGUCUGCGGCUAAUGGUUUGUCCGGAAUUUCCCCUCAAAGUGAAUUUUGACAGCAUGCCUAUUGGCCCUUUUCAAAAAACACGCGAGAAUUGUUUAAAAAAAACUAUUUUAAGCUUAAGCCAAAAAUGAACCGCCAUGUUUGAAAAACGCGAAAAACAACCAAGUCCUUUUCAGCCGCCAGAAAAUUUGUCUAAGUGUUGAAAUCGCCUUUAAAUCGCAUUCGCAAAUUGCAUUUGUUCCUAGGGGCUAUUAGCUCAGGCGAGUUGAGUUAAACGUCAAACUGUUUAAAUCGCCUGACCAUGUUCGUCCGCAUUUUUUUUGACAGGGUAUGAUUACGGCCUAAAAGCCAACUGUCAAAAUCCACUUUUAAUGGAAAUUCCGGACAAACCGUUACUAGCCGAACACAGUUCACAACGGUUUAUGAAAGAGAAAACUUUUCUCUUUCGUUUACGACCAACAUCUGUGAUUGGCAUGUAACGGUUUAUCCGGAAUUUCCAUGCAAAGUGGUGGUUGACAGUAGGCUUUUAGGCCGUAAUCAUAUGUUUGUCGAGAAUUUAUGUUUUAUCAGUGGCUAUAAAACUAUCAUAAAACCACAAUUGCUACUAGGGAGGUUCGCGCCAAUAAUCGCUAAAUCCAUAUAAAAAUGACAGUUUCGAGCGGGCCUAGGGCGACUCUAAAGCUGAUUUCGUUUUUAAAUCAGUGUUGCUCUAGGUUCGCUCUGAGCUGUCACCUUUCUAUGGACCUAGGGCGACUCGAUUCUAAAAUCGAAAAGAACAUCAUUUAAAAACUGAAAACAGUAUUAGUUCAACCCCCCGUUGUCAUGGUGCCACUGGUGUGCCUCUUGCUGUAGUGACAGCAGAACAAAGUUUUACAAAUCAGUCUUGUGGUUUAACAACAGAAAGAAUACGUUUUUCCAUGUACUCCUUCUUACCAUUUCCCUACCGAUAAUUGUCUUGCAAUUUGGCCGCAGCUACAAACCACUUGUUAAAUCAGAAGUUUUCUAGCAAAUGGAUCAGCGAAAGCAAUUCGAGAACUCGUUGGACACAUCUCGAGCUGUGUGUGGCCAAGUGCAAAUUUUACUCAGAAAACUACGCAAAAAUAAUUACAUACCUUGCUCUAUAAUUUGAUUCUGCUUCAGAGUGUUGUUUAAAUUGGUUGAUGGCGCGAAAAGAACGAUAAUAUUCUCCGGAGAGGCACCGUAUUUCAGGAUAACACCGCGAUCCGGGAGUUCUGAUUUUACCGUAAUGGAUUUCAAUACCGAUUUCCUGAAAAAUUACUUCUUAUCCCAGUUUACAGGUGAUUGUUUCUUCACAGAACAAUUUUAUCACAAUUGAAAUAUUUUCGCUACACAACUAUUUGCUAUUUUACUUAAUUUGAACGCUCAAUUUCAAAUAAGCUUCUCGAACGAUUGUUCUAUGCGUUCAGAGUGAAAAAAUAUUCUAAAUUUUCAUCCUCGCCUACUAUGAUAUGUUUUUACUGUUUUUACUGUUUCCAUAGCUGUAGCGUCACACCAGGACAGUUAACAUUGAGCGCUUGCGGUGCCCGAGCCGAAAUGUUUCACGUUACAUGUAGUGUCGGUAACACCAGAUAGCACACUGAUCGACCAUACUUCAAGAUGGCCAUAUUCAUUGAAAGCCUUGCGGGAAAUCGCUGAAAAAAGAAAUUACAGGAUUGUGUAUGAGACUUGGUAUGAGAUGGUCAUGCUGGUGACAUUAAAAAUGCAACAAUUUUCACACGCGAACUACACCAUCCGCGAAUAAAUUUUAACCGGUAAAUACUAUCUAUUUAUGGCAGGAUCCAUGUAGUCCUGCAAAUGGAUAGUUUUUAUGGUUGGCCACAUUUUUAUUAUCACUAUUAUUCACUAAUCUCAUAUCUCCAUUUUUCUGAUUUUUACUUUUUCGAUUCCGGAAGUAGAAAAAUCUCCUCUUAUUACAAAAUUCGAGACACGAAUUUUAUUCUAACCCUUACACAGCCAGUAUCGGAAACCAUCCUGGAAAACACUGCAGUUAUUCUUGAGUGAAAGAAGACACGAAGACAGAAAACUAGCAAAUUUAUUCAAAUGGCUUAGAUACACAAAUUAGAGCCUCAAAUUGUUUACUUUUUCUUUCGUUUAUAGCUCAUUUGCUUUUACGUUUGCUGCUUAACUUUUUGAAUAAUAUACUAGUUGAAAUUAUUGACCAGUGUUAAAGUGUCGUCGUUAUAAUCUUUUUGCUUUUAUCUUCAGUUUCAUAGAAAUAUUGCUCUACCAGCUUACUUCGAAUAUCGUCUAUCAAAUUCAAGCAACAAAUUUAUUUAAUUUGAUAAAUUCAAUUUGUCAUAUUGUAACUGUCGGGUAACCCAUCGAAUCAGAACUACAAAAACAACCAGUCCCUUCGAAGUAACAAACAGUCGUGCGGUUCUGGAAUGAUCGCUGAUCGAUUCACGUCCUCCUCAUUUUCUACGUUAGUAAAUAGUAAGAACACUCAAAAUCUGCAAAACACUUUAGCCAAUCGUUGUAUAGCAAUCCUAAAACAAAAUAUGAACUAAAUUAUCAGCUCGGAAAUCCUUUCAAAAAGGUCUCCCUUCCGAGGUAGCUGCAAAAAUUUAAAACAAUUAAUAAAAUAAACAAAAAAUAAAAACCGUCCCUCGGUCACGUCACGUGACCGACCGGGUGUGCGGUACUCUCGAAUCAAAUUCGGCCCCUGCAGAUAUACGAUCAUGAUUUUUUUUUGGUUAGGCAAUGUAAGACAAAAAGCAACGGAUCAUUUUCCCUAGGAUAAUUAUCUUCGGUUUUAGAGCUUUCUAGUAGUGAAAAUUAAUUAGUUCGUUCAGUUUUCUCGUAUUAGCGCGUGUAGAGGGAAGUCGACAAGUCACGCUUCAAGUAGUCGCUUGAGUUUGUGUGAUGUCGACGAUUGGCGAUCAUUUGGGGGGGAGAAAUUCGGGAAACAUGUUUCGUUAACGGAAUGGUUUGAUUUGACUAGUUAUUCACCCUAGUAACAAUAUAGGUUUUAUGGUAGUUUUAUAGCUACUUAUAAAACUUAGAUUGCACUUGUAGUAUGCUAUAAAACUUCAAUUGUUACUUGGGCAGUUACUUUACAUUUAGCGGUGUAGUGAUUUAAGUACACAAAUAAACGAUGAUCAAAUGUCAUUGGAUUGGAAACGAUAGGGCGGAAAAGAAUAUCCGACUUAGUAAAUCAAUUGUAUGAUUUAAUUGCAUUUAAAAGUGAAAGUGUAACAGAGGGUGAGAAAAAAAGGAAAACGCAAGCGUUAGAAUAUAACAGUAAAGAUAAUGAUAUAUUUAAGUAUUUAAAAAAGCAUUAAUAUAAAAAGUGGAAAAGCUAAAUAUAUUCUACAAUAUAGCUCGAAUCUCUUUUUUUGAUAAAACAUAAUAAUUAGUACUAUUAUUAUUACUAUUAUUACAACAAACCAAGUACGUUUGCGAGUUCAGAAUUAAGGUAAAACAAAUAAAAAAGGCGAAAAAAAACAAAAGCUGCAUGUAUUGAAUUGAUUUUUUUCUAAUAAUCUAAAUGCACUAUUGUACACGUCGAUUAAAACGAGUGGAGAAUUAACAAAUCUAUUGUGGUACGAUAGAACAGAUACUAUACUCUUAUUCUCUCUCAAACACAAACACACGCAAGUCUGCUAUUUAGCUGAAAAGAUUUUGGAAGCGCAUGGCACCGAAAAGCAGAUAAGUGUGCAGUACAAGUGAAGGAUUCGUUUUCCGUGUCCUCCCACCUCAACCCAUUGCAAACACAGAAAAAAAACGAAAUGAAGAAAACAUACAAUGCGCGGCGUGGUUACAGAAUUGUUAAGGAACGAAGGAAAGCGAUAUCGUAAUAUUAAUAAUAAUAAUGUUAUCAAAUAUUAUUGUUUUUAUUGAGAAGAUGAAAAUACAACAACCACAAAAAUAAACAAAAAAAAAAGGAACACGAAAAAGGUUGAUUGAUAGUGAAAGUUCACGCAUUCGUAUGCGUUUUGGAGAACGAUUCAAAAAUGCAUUCAACCGUUUGCAUAAACCUUGACGUCGGAUCGGCAAAAGUAGUAACUUGUACAAAUAGAAUAGAGCGAUCGGUCUGUGAACCGUAGGUUGCUAUUUUUUCGAACAUUGAACAUUUUUUCGAAACGUGUAUAUUACCUUUUUUGACCCUAGGCGAUAGGCGAUAAUUCAGCAGAAAAUUAUCUUUGAUUACAUAAGAGUACGGUAUUGCAUUUGAAAUCACAAGUAAACGAAAAACAUUGAGAAGCUCAUAAACGAUAAGGAAAAGAUUAACACUACUAUGGGCUAACAAAGAGUUAGGAAGUAACGUGACAACUGCCCAUGAAAUGCCUGAAAUCUAUUCGUUCUGAGCCAGUUUUACCGAGCAAAAGUUGUGAGCUGUAGAAUUUUGAACUAGACAGCGAGAACGAGACGGGUGAUGAUGAUGAUGAAUAACACACACACACACACUCACGUAACACAUAUUAAGUUCAAUGCCAACUAACUAAAGAUAUGUCAAACUAAAAUUAAAGUCAAAAUUGUCUACAAACUGAAAGUUACUUCCCUUUCGUAUUAAUCGAACUGAUGCCGCAAGCAUGAAAGAAAACACUCGAUAACAACAAUAUAAUCAACCAAUACAAAUUUGAAAUUUUCGUUCCAAAUUAUUCCGAAAUUAAUGAAAGAGAGAAAAUAUCCUAGGAAUAAGUAAUAUUUAAAGCUAUAUGUUGUUAAUUUCCUUCCAAAAUAGUCACGUUGGGAAAAGAAUAACUAAACGGAUAGCGAAAAAGCAAUUCAGUUUGAAAUUAAAAUUUAAUUUCUGUGAAAUUGUGCGAAAUAUUAUUUCUUUUUAUUUAAAAAGCCCAACUUCAACGAUUUCGGCGUCCGACAUCUACUUAAAAACGAGAUACCAACGAAGUGAAUAUUAAACGAUACUAUCUCUUUCCAACAUUUGGCAACUGAUACUAAUGUAAAUUUCUCCCAAUAAUUAUUUUUUUCCUGGAAGAACGUCUCGGCUCUAACAGUUAAUUUUUGGUUUGACAUACCGCAAUAAAAUAAGAGUCAUAAGAAGCUUGGAAAAUAUGAAGAAAAAAAAAUCUACAACUAUUAAAUCUAAGAGUACCAACAUUUACCUACGCAUAAUGAAAAACAAACACAGUGAAAACAGGCAAACAAAAUAAAAACGAAUGUAAUGAAUUUGACACUUAUACUUACAUUUACAUACUGAUGAUGAAGUGUUUAUUGGGAGUCAAGAGUCCGAUGCGCGUGGUUUGUGUUAAUGAAUAACAACAUGUUGUAGAUCGAACAGUAGGCUCUGAGUUUUGCAGCAUACAGACAGACAGACUGAUAGUGUUCCCCGCCAGAAACAAAAAAUUGGUUGUAGAAUCCCCUCCAGCAUCAAAGUUACUGUGUUGAGAGGCUGAACGCACGAAACACGGAUCCCGGAGGGUUGUUUGGCAUAUGUCCGGCAUCGAUCGUCUGUGUCUCCUAAGUCAACUUGAUAAUUGUCCCCAAGAUACAAUGUCACUUUCCUAGUUCUGAGAUUACUUGCCAUAUAUUCACGAAAUCGAACUAAGAAGCGCGAAUUUGGCUAACUCAACCUUUGCACCGGAUAUGAUUGUUAUAUUAACGAUUAUGUUGUUGGUGUCUAAACAAACCGCCCCCUCCGGUAUUGGUGUUUCGAACGUUCGCACCGUAGAACAUAACUCCAAAACCUAGACACCACCCCGCUAAGUUAUGCCGGAUCUCGGAUCCAAAAUCAUCCUAAUAGAAUCGUAGCUAUGUAGCAGGUAGAAGGUUUGAAGUUUAAGUACAAACGGAACGUUUUGAUGGUAGAAAUAACAGUUUGUGAUUAAAAGUUUACUAAUUUUGAAACACACCCUCUCGAGAACCCUAUACAAGCCAGCAAACAACCACACAACAGUUUUAGUCCAACCGAGCGCAUCGCGUACACAACCAAGACUUCGUCGAGAUAUUACAUAUAAACAGUUUGCAUUCAGGACGGAUGAUACCCGCAAUUCAACACGGUGAGGAGCAAAGUUUCGCAUUACAUACAUAUAUACACAUAUAUAGCUCCGGCCUGUGCGUAUCAUCGUAUCUGUAAGGAGAAUCAUUUACCUUUCUUAUCUGGCUUCAGUUUCCAGAGUUCUCAUCCGAUAAGGGGUUGCAUUUCAUCCUUGGGCUCAUUUCAGAAGGGGUUUUUCAUACUUUCCUUUCCAUUUCGAAUUCAUUGCAUCUACAAUAUCAUUAAUAUAGUUUUUAUGGUGAAGAUUUACGUUAUUUUUUGUAUAUUAUGUAUAAAUAUAAGCAACAUAAACAUUGUUCCUUUAAUGAAGAGAAAUACAAACACUGGAGAGUGAAAUUUAUUUGAAGCAAAAAAAGCGAAUAUUUGCGUGAGAAAAAUGCAAAAAAAAACUGAACUACUGUACAUUUGAAUUGCUUUAAUUAAUGGUGGAGAGAGAACGGAAACAUAAACGCGAGAAAUAGAUUUUUUUAAAUAAUUUGAUAUAUUUUAUGUUUUAGCUUUUAAGUUCUUUUUAUUAAUUAUUUUAUUGUGUAACAACAUUAUUUUGGAAUGUUUCUUGAGAAAAGAUAAA